AUGGAUAAAAAAAAUAUAGAAAUUGAACCAAAAACUGAAGCAAUCAAUAUGUAUAAGCAUAUAGUUUGUGAAGCAAUGUAUGCUCCCAAUUCAUUGCCUGUACAUUUAUCAGAACCAUUUAAUAUCAAUGUUGAAUUUAUAAGAAUAUCAUCAGAUUGGGUAGAAUUAGAAUUAUUAGAUAAAAAACAUCAAACAAUUGAUAAAAUUAAAUUAAAUACAAUUACAUCUGUCGAGCCAACAGCAACUAAUAGUUCAUUAAAUACUAGUGGUGGUAGUAACUCACCAAUGUUAACAAGAUCAAAUUCAAUUUUAAAUAGGGGUGUAUUGGGAUCCAAUUCAAGCAGUGAUGAUUUAUUAUUAGGAUCAAGUAGUGGUUCAAUUGGAUCAGGUAUCGAAGAAGCAAAUAAUAAAGAAAAUUCACCAAGUCCAAAUAAAAAUAGCAAAGCGAGUGCAUUAUUGGGUUUGGAUGAACAGGGUGGAAAAAAAGAAAAAGAAGGUAAAGGGUCAGCAAUGUUAUCACCAAAAUUUGGACUUUUAGCAAGAUCAGCCAGUAAUAAUCUUUUAAAGGUAAACGAACCUUUAUCUCCAACCCUCAGUUCAUCACCUGCAAAUUCAUCAUUUUUAGUAUCAAGUUCUCCACUAAGUAUUUCAGGUUCACCAGUAUUAUCAUCAUCAACAGGUAGCGGCGGAGGCGGUAGUACAUUGAAUAUAUCACCAUCCAAUAUUUCAUCGCCACGUGGUAGCGGUCUUGAUUUAUCAAGUAGUGUAUCCUCUUCGAACGGUAGUCCAUCAUCAUUAUUAUCAAUGUCCCAAAGUAUUAGCAAUACAAGUGCAUCAUUACAUUAUAAUCAAGGCUUCACAUUAGUUUCAUCUUCGAAAAAUUUCACAUUUAAUGCAGCAGAUAAAGAUAGUUUAACUCAUAUUUUAAAUAGCAUUAAAAUGAUUUCUUUAGGCAGACUCCACCAAGAGCAACUCCAGCAAACAUUUGACGCCAUAGUUGAAUCUAUUCAAAUUUCUCAACUUUGUAAAAUACCACCCAUUCCACCUCUUCCUUCACCACCACCACCACCUCCAACUAUUUUACUUUUAAAUUCUUCACAAUAA